AUGCGUGGACUCCAAACAAUCGAUAUAGGGAACGGUCGAGAGACGACAGAGACGGAUACAAUGAUCGUUUCCCGGGACCAGCAAGGCAAGCGCGAGAGUAUCGUCCAGCUCCGACCAGACGUCGUCCUCCACCUAGAGAUGACGAUUGGAGAACACGAGAUGAAAGCAGGACAUUCCGCCCUCGCCCAGAUUUUCGUCGAAACGUUGAACGAUACGAUUAUGAUCGGGACCACUCCAGGCGAAGGGAUUCGCGUUCACCUUCCCGAUACCCAGGCAACUCCACGUCGUUCCGACUCACCGCCACCUCGUCCUCUUCUGCGAGGCAAUUCGCCAGGACCAAGCACCUACCCCACGCCUCGCAAUUAUUCGCCUUCGCCUGUGCGCAAUAAAACUGAGCCAGACAGUCCCCACACGACAAGCUCUCAUCGCUCUGUUCUCCGAGGCAAGGAGCACCAUGGUAGGAGCGAUCACGGGACGCCUUCGCGAACUUCCAGCCCUACUCACUCUCGCCGGGAGCGGAGCCGUAGCCAAGGCUCCACGAAGGCAGAGGAUGAAUCCUGUGAUGUUACUCGCUCCAUCUCUCAUCCUCCUCGUAGCCCACUCGAGAAGCAACCAGAUACACUGCCUCCUUCACGCGAUCACAGUCCUCCUGGAGCUGCCUCAAGCAAGUCGCCACUUCAUGCCCGCCCUUCCAGCCCAACAAUCGUGAAAGAAGAGGUGCAUUUAGAACAGCAAGUCCCCAUGGAACACCGAGAGGAGGAACUCGCUUCAUGGCUUAACGCUUCGCGGGAUAAGGGCAAAAGUAAAGAAGAGCCCGAGACAACUGAGGACAUUGAAAUGAGAGCGGAUAUUCCACACUCGCCUGCAUCGAAUCCGAGAGAACUGGAGCAAUUUCCCCGCCGGCGGUCUCGCUCACCGCCCACAGGCCCACGCCACUAUCUGAAUAUACCCACUGGACCGGCUUUUGCGCAACACAUAUCACCCGCCAACUCGAAUGAGUCGGUUCAAUCUCCUCAGCUGAACAGUCCGGCUACAUGGACGCAAACCCGCAUGGAUGUCGACCCUUCACCAAAGGCCGAGGCUUCUCAGUCUCAAGUUACGCACCCACCCUACGAACCGAAGCCAUACCCAGCCAAGCAGUUUGAGCCCGAGAUCGCACGAUUGGAAACCCUGUGCCAGGCUACAAUGGCAGACUACGCACAGAGCGGGCACGAAGUUCGACGUGCCCGGCACGAGUUAGAGAUGGCUACCAUUGACUUUCGGGCAGCUGAACUGCGGCGCGAGAUCGCAGAUGCCCAAGUAGAGCAAGCUCGUUUUGGGACGCUAGGUAUCGAUACGCGGUUUGAGCGGAUCUCCUCCCCGGUCCCUGCUUCGGCUUGA